CGGAGAAAAAAACAAUUUUCAGAUACAAAACAAGAAUCUCUUCUCUUCUUUUCUCGGUGUUGAUCGUUUGGGUUGCCGAGAUUUCUUGCUACGACGCCGUUUCGGCGAUUCGGAAAAACCCUAGGAGGGGAAUACCUCGGCAAUUUUGCAAGCUUGACGGUGCUUUUCAUGCCGGCGUUUCUCAUACAGCCUGGAUUGACCCGGAAUUCGAUUCUCCCAUAAGUUUCUGGGCCCGGGAAUUUGUUUCCGUUGGUGAAUUUUUGUGGAGAAAAUGAAGGCCAUGGAGACGGUAAAGGAUCUGAUCGAGGAGGCGAAGCUUCGAACGGUGUGGUGGGCUCUGUGCAUCUUCGCCGUCUCGUAUUUUCUGUCUCAUACUAGUAAAUCAAUGUGGAUGAAUCUGCCCAUGUCAAUUCUUUUGGUUUGUGGUAUGCGAAUUCUUUUUAAUGAGGUGGAGUUUCGUCGGAAAGUUAAGCCGGUUCGUCCACAAACUUAUUUAUCUCACUUGGAGAAGAAACAGUUGUCCGUAAAUGAUUCACGCCUUUCUACCGCGCCUAACCUGCAAAAAUGGAAAAGGAAAAUCGAUUCUCCAAUUGUGGAGGCAGCAAUUGACGACUUCAUUGACAAGAUUUUGAAGGAUUUUGUGGUAGAUUUGUGGUAUGGAGAUAUAACACCGGACAAGGAGUUUCCUGAGCAAAAACGCGCAAUAAUCAUGGAUGCUAUUGGCGAAGUAUCGGGAAGGAUAAAAGAGAUAAACCUUGUUGACUUGUUAACACGGGAUAUAAUUGAUUUAGUAGGGGAUCAUCUGGACCUAUUUAGAAGAAACCAAGCUGCCAUAGGUGUCGAUGUAAUGGGAACAUUAUCUUCAGAGGAGAGGGAUGAGAGGUUAAAACACCAUCUAAUGGCUUCUAAGGAGCUUCAUCCUGCAUUGGUAUCACCUGAGAGUGAGUACAAGGUUCUUCAGCGACUGAUGGGUGGAGUGUUGACUUUGGUGCUAAGACCACGAGAAGCUCACUGUCCUGUGGUCCGAUCUGUUGCAAGAGAACUUUUGACAUGUUUGGUAAUGCAACCUGUUAUGAAUUUCGCAAGCCCUGGGUAUAUCAAUGAGCUGAUUGAAUAUGUUUGGCUUGCAUAUCAACAUGAUAGCGUUGAGGACUUGGGUGGUGAUCAGUCAACUGCAGGGGCUGUACAUGAUCAUGGUUCAGAAUCAAAGAAGAAUUCGCCCUUAAAUAAGGGGACUGAUACCGCAUUAUCUAAAAUUCAGACAGAAGUGUCCUCAGACCACAACACAUUGCAGGAAGAGCCUUUGCACUCACGUCCUGCUGAUUGGGCACGAAAACUGGAGGCAGCAACCCAAAGAAGAACCGAAGUUCUUGCUCCUGAAAAUCUCGAAAACAUGUGGACAAAAGGAAGGAAUUAUAAAAAGAAAGAGAACAAGAGUAUAAUAACAGGAGUUCAGGAACCUGUAGAGAAGGGUUCUGUUUUAAAUACUGCUGUUCUUACUAAACCUCUUCGAAAAGAAAUGUCAGCCGACAGACUGGUUGUUUCUACAGUAAAAGAAGAGGGACCUCUUUUAAGGAUAACUUGGGGAUCAAGCUCCGAUAGUCAGUUAAGAGAUGGGAACAGAAAUGAGACACAGUUCUCCCAUGAUACUAACAAGGAAUUAGUUAUCAAGGGAGGAGAUGUUGUUGAUGAAUCGGAAGGUAAUUUCAAUGUUCCUCAUAAUGGGAACAAAAUUCUGCUUAAGAGAUCCAACAGCACAUCUGCUUUAAAAGUUGAACCUGAUGCAAAAAAGGCAAUUACUGAGGGUGGAGGGCCCAUCAUCUCCGAGUUUUAUAGCCCUGAUUUUGGCAGACGUAGGGAACAAUAUAUUGGUAAGAGUGCUUCAGAUAUGGUAGUUGCUAGAGUGGGACAACAUCUUCCCAAGCUUAGGUGCCGGGUAAUGGGGGCAUAUUUUGAGAAACUUGGUUCGAAGUCUUUUGCAGUUUAUUCAAUUGGAGUGACAGAUGCCGAAAACAGAACUUGGUUUGUGAAAAGAAGAUACAGAAAUUUUGAGCGAUUACAUCGGUACCUUAAGGAAUUUCCUAAUUAUACAUUACAUUUGCCCCCCAAAAGAAUAUUCUCUUCAAGCACAGAAGACGCUUUUGUUCAUCAACGAUGCAUUCAGCUUGACAAAUAUCUGCAAGACCUCUUGUCGAUAGCCAAUGUUGCUGAACAACACGAAGUGUGGGAUUUCCUAAGUGUUUCUUCAAAGAAUUACUCUUUUGGAAAGUCUUCUUCAGUGAUGAGAACCUUGGCAGUAAAUGUGGACGAUGCUGUGGAUGAUAUUGUACGCCAGUUUAAAGGUGUAUCAGAUGGGUUAAUGCGUAAAGUUGUUGGUCCAUCUUCAUCCCUUAAUGAAUCGCUUUCUUCAGCUUCUGCUCGGAAUUUGUCCUGGAGUGCAGAAGAGAUAAACAAACACAUGUCUAGGCAAGAUACAAGAGAAACUGCAAAUAGCUUUUCUGACAAUGAAGAAGGCGAGAAUGAUGGAAGUCAUGACCCUGAGGAAGUUCGAUCUAGCGCACAUGCAAAUGGGUGGCAUUCAGACAAUGAAUUGAGCUCCAAGGGUUAUCCCCCUCGAGUGAUAAAAAAGCCAAUAAAGGUGGGUUUAGAAGAGAGACAAGAAAUUAUGGCAAAAUCUGAGAGUCAUGCUGGUUUUCCUGCAACAAACUUUCCAGUGACCUCGGAUCAUUUAGAGGAUCCAAUGGGAAUGCCACCCGAGUGGACUCCACCUAACGUGAGUGUACCUUUGUUGAACCUAGUGGAUAAAAUAUUUCAGCUUAAGAGAAGAGGUUGGCUAAGGAGACAGGUUUUUUGGAUAUCCAAACAGAUAUUACAUUUAAUAAUGGAUGAUGCUAUUGAUGACUGGCUCUUGAGGCAGAUUCAUUGGCUUCGGAGAGAAGAUAUUAUGGCCCAAGGGAUUCGAUGGGUUCAAGAUGUUCUAUGGCCUGAUGGAACAUUCUUCCUUAGACUACGAAAUGCAGAGGGCAAAGAUGAUGACGAAUUCGAUCUAAAAUCUUUUCAAGGUGCGAAACAAAUUGGUGGCAGUAAGGUCUGUACACCUGGGUCUUUUGAGCAGCAGCUUGAAGCUGCUCGCAGAGCAAGUGAUGUCAAGAAAAUGCUCUUUGAUGGAGCUCCUACAACAUUGGUGAGCUUGAUUGGAAACAAGCAGUACAAGCGUUGUGCAAAAGACAUUUAUUAUUUCACUCAGUCUACUAUCUGUAUAAAGCAGCUUGGCUACGCGGUACUUGAGCUAUUGCUGAUAUCCAUUUUCCCCGAGUUGCGGAAUCUUGUACUAGAUGUGCAUGGGAAGACGCACGUUCAUCAACCUGUAUAGGAAGGUAAAUAAUUUAUUUUCCAAAUCACUCCUGAGAGUGGUUGGUAAUUUUCCUCAUGCGAUCCUUUUACGAGAAGAUUGGGUCAAUUGGGUUACCUUAGCUUUUUGUGUAGCAUUCAUUUCAUAGAUUAGGUGAAACAUUCUAUGGAAUUGAGAAACUAGAAAGUAGCU